GACAUAUAUCUCAUAUUAUUUUGAAUCGCUCUGAAUCACGAUCUCGCGCUUUCUCGCUCUGGCUCGCGUCGACGCGGGCGCGGCCCGCUCUCGCGCGACGCUCUCUCGUACUCGCGCGACCCCGUCUAUUUCGGUGGAUCGAAAUCAUUUUUCGAUGCACCAUGUAAGGAGCGCGGGAAGUGCGCGUUCGUCGCUCUCUCUCUCUCUCUCUUUCGCUCGCUCGCUCGCGUUGCGAUAAAUCGUUCAAUGGCUGUUGAACGGCCGGCACACCCGCGGCCGUUCGUGCCGCGUGCACGUAUCGAUGCACGGAUAAGUGACGGUGACCGAACUAGGUGCAGCAGACAUGUCUUUUCGCGUGGUGCGUAGCAGCAAGUUCCGCCACGUGUACGGAACCCCGCUGAAGCGCGAGCAAUGUUACGACAACAUCAGAGUCUCGAAAUCGUCGUGGGACUCGACGUUCUGCGCGGUGAAUCCAAAAUUUCUCGCCAUUAUCGUGGAAUCGGCGGGCGGCGGUGCCUUCAUCGUCUUGCCGCACAACAAGGUAGGAAGAAUACCGGCGGACUAUCCUUUAGUAGGCGGACACAAGGGACCUGUAUUAGAUAUCGCAUGGUGUCCUCAUAACGAUAAUGUCAUAGCUUCCGGCUCCGAGGAUUGUGUCGUCAAAGUAUGGCAAAUACCUGACGGGGGUAUCUCCAGGACAUUGACCGAAUCGAUAGUAGAUCUGCAGCUGCACCAACGCAGAGUCGGUCUAGUGCUGUGGCAUCCGUCGGCAUUGAAUGUGUUGCUCACGGCUGGCUCGGACAAUUUCGUUAUUAUUUGGAACGUCGGCACGGGGGAAGCCUUGGUACGCAUCGACUGUCACCCGGACGUUGUUUAUUCCGCAUGUUGGAACUGGGACGGAUCUCGGAUAGUCACUACGUGCAAAGACAAAAAGAUCCGAAUCCUGGAUCCGAGGUCGGGUGAAAUAUUAGAGGAGGCUAUAGCGCACGAAGGAAGUAAGGCGACCCGUGCCAUUUUUCUCAGGGGUGGCUUGGUCUUUACCACGGGUUUCAGCAAGAUGUCGGAAAGACAAUAUUCGCUACGAGCUCCCGACAUGUUGGGCGAGCCCAUAGUUAUGGUAGAAUUAGACACGAGCAACGGAGUUAUGUUCCCGUUGUACGAUCCCGAUACAAAUUUAGUGUAUUUAUGCGGCAAGGGCGAUUCUGUGAUCCGAUAUUUCGAAAUUACGCCCGAACCACCGUUCGUUCACUAUAUCAACACUUUCCAAACUCCUGACCCUCAACGAGGUAUAGGAAUGAUGCCAAAACGGGGCUGUGACGUUAAUAGCUGUGAAAUAACCAGAUUCUAUCGAUUAAACAAUUCGGGCUUUUGCCAAGUGGUAUCCAUGACAGUGCCGAGGAAGUCGGAGCUUUUCCAAGAGGACUUGUAUCCCGAUACGCCCGGCGACACGGCCGCGAUAUCGGCGGAAGAGUGGGAAGCCGGCACCGACGCCGAGCCUGUCUUGAUAUCUCUCAGGGACGGUUAUCAGCCGACCGCCUCGAAAAAUGAGCUCAAAGUCCAGAAGAAGUCUAAUAUACUGAGUAAAGGAGCCAAGGUUGCAUCCAAUGUGCAAAAUGCGGCCCAAAUCUCAUCAGCGGCAUGCGAGGAAAUGCUGAAGGAAUGCAGAGAAGAGAUAAGAAAAUUGAAAGCCGUGAUCGUGAAGCACGAAGGGAGGAUACGAGUGUUGGAAUCUGCGGUCGCGCUUCAGAUGAAGGAGGAGGAGAGAAAAGAGAGAAAAGAGUCGGCAUCACCGGACGUCAAAGAAGCGCUCGCCUCCGACGAAGUGUGAAAACCCCUCCUCCGGGGGGCUUUCGCGUCCAAGUUCCGGUGUGACGCUGUACUUUCUAACUAGAGCGUAUUUUUUACUAGAAUCACUAAUAUCGUGUAAUAAGAAUGAUCGUAUAUUUUGAUAUAACAAACUUGUGUAAAUAGUAGGUCCUAGCGGAUGACGUGUGUCUGACUCUCUUUGUCUCUCUAUCUGUUUCUACCUCUCUCUCUUCCUCUUUCUAUCUUGAUCUAUCUGUAUCUCUGUCUCUUUGUAAUGAUAUUUGCUAUUUAUUGUACAUCCAUUCUUAUCGUACAUUCUCUGCAUUUGUAUUAUGUUUACAUGUUUUAUUAUUAUUAUUAUAUUUACUGACGUUUAAAGUCAUUGUACGUAAUAUCUAUCCCCUAAAGUUAAGUUUUCGAUCGACAUAGCGGUACGACAUACAAGACUUAUGUAAAAUGAACCUUUGUAUGAAUAAUUAUUCGUAACAUAUGCGAGUGCCUAACUUGUACAGAUAUUUGAUGUUAAAUAACAAAGAGUAUUAUUUUGUUUCAACGUACGACUUAUAUAGGUGUGAUUACGAACCAUCUGUUACUCAGUAGCUCGUUCUAAGAGAUUCAGUUUAUCCGACUUCUUUCAAAAUUGUAUGCUCACGCCUGUUGUAAUCUGAUAGGCUGUUAGGUUCUCAAGACGAGGUGAUAGUUACAAGAGUGAACAAACUCACUAGUUGUGUUGACUAAUGAAAUUAUAAAUAUUCUAAUAAAU